AUGGGUACAACUACGCCGCCACAAGAUGAUUGCUUGAGCGCUUUCAAAGAACUAAAGAUUCCCACUUUUCCAUCUAUAUACAUUCAUGAAAGUGCAGUGCAAAGUGUAGCACUGUAUGGGGCGGAAGUGUGGGAUGUAUCGCAGAUAAAUAAAAGAAAGAUUAUGGCAACCGAAAUGGAUUUCCUUAGAAGGAGCUGUAGACGAUCAAGAUUAGAAAGAGUUAGGAAUGAAAUUAUAAGAGCAGAAAUGGAUAUGGGUCGGUCAAUAGCGGAAGAGAUUGAAAGAAGGCAAUUGAUUUGGUUUGGACAUGUAAAGAGAAUGCUAGACGACAGAUGGCCCCGAAAGAUUUUAGAAUGGGUACCACCAGAACGAAGGAAGAGGGGAAGACCACGGAGAAGUUGGAGGGACGAUGUGGAGGAGGCGAUGUCAGCCAGAGAUCUGGAGGAGGAUACAUGUCACGACAGGAAAAGAUGGAAGUUGGGGACGGAGAAACGGCGACAGCUGUAA